AUGAAAAAUAAUUCCUUCUCUCCGGCUGUGUUCAUUUUGGAUUGCUUGAACCAUUACGAACAGCGGAGUUUGAUAACUGCAGUACUCUUCUUGAUGUACUUGGUAACUCUUGUUGGAAAUGUGCUGGUGAUACUCGCCAUCUCCUUGGACCAUCAACUCCAAACACCUAUGUAUUUUUACAUCAUCAUUCUUGCCUUUAUAGACCUGACUUGUAGCACCAACAUCAUCCCAAGAAUGUUGUGUGCCAUACUCUUUGACCAAGUAGUGCCAAACCCUGCCUGCUUUACACAAUUAUAUACUGUGCAUCACUUGGAAGUUAUGCAGACAUUUCUAUUGACUUUCAUGGCUUAUGAUCGCUAUGUUGCCAUUGCCUAUCCUCUCAGAUAUGCGUCAAUCGUUACAAACAAAACAGUUGCAGCAUCUUUUAUCCUGUCAAACAUUAUGGGAUUUAUAGUGGUCAUACCAUUUUUAGUACUAGUCAGUGAUUUAGAAUUCUGUCGUACAAAUGUAGUGCCCUUCUGCAUGUGCGACUAUGUCACAAUGGUCCGUAUUGCCUGUGUGGAUUAUAUUAAUUACAUUAUUCCUAGUUCCAUUGUCUGUGCCGUUUUGCUCUUAUGCCCUUUAGCCACCAUUCUCUUUUCUUACAGCAUGAUAGUUCAGGCUGUGAUGAAGAUCUCUAAAGAAGGAAGGAAGAAAGCUUUCAGCACAUGCCUCACCCAUUUAAUGGUUGUCGGGAUAUUUUAUAUUCCACUUUUUAUCGCUUAUGUUUUGCCAUCGACGGGAAAGACUGCAGAAGAGUACAACAUUAUCGUAAUCAUUCCCUGCAUUAUUCCGCCAAUGUUUAAUCCGAUCAUAUAUAGCCUCAGAAACAAAGAGAUGAAGAACAGCAUCCUAAAGCUCUUAUUUAGACGAAGAAUCAUUCCCGAGUCAACUAAACAUCAAAAGUAA